CAAAUAAACAAACAAACCGGACCGCGACUGUCAUGAUCUCUCUUCAGCCAAGAAACAAAGAGAAAUAAACUUUGUCUCCUCUCAUACGAAUCCAAGAGCCUUCCACUCCCAGAAGGAUUUGAUGGGCGAAAGGGGUCGGAGCUUCCAGGUGGAUCCGAACGUCCCCAGAUAUGUCUGCCAGAACUGCCGCAACUCUCUCUGCGUCAUCGGCGCCGAUUCCUACGCCGAAAAGUUCUUCCACGAUUUCUCUCGCUCCGGUAUGCAGGGCUCUUCAAUGCAUGGGGCGAACAGUGUGUUAUCAUCAAUGCGGAUGGACAAUUCUUUUGUUUUGUUACCACAGCAAAGAGCCCAGGCACAAGGAGUCCCUCCACGUCCCCGUGGUGGAGCAGUCAAUGCAGGCCAGUCUGGAAAUGCAAUGGAUGAGUCCUUUGUGGUUGUUAAUAAGUCUGAGUCCUCAGCAGAUGGUGGUGGGGCUCAUUUGCCAUCACCUGAUGGAGGACCCAAUGGUCCUUUGCAGCCUAACAAUUCUGGCUUUCACUCUACUAUAACUCUCCUGAAACGGGCAUUUGAAAUUGCAAGCACCCAAACGCAGGUUGAGCAACCUUUAUGCGUUGAAUGCAUGAGGGUUUUGUCUGAUAAACUUGACAAGGAGGUUGAAGAUGUGAAUAGGGACAUUAAAGCAUAUGAAGCCUGUCUUAAACGCUUGGAGGGUGAGACAAGGGAAGUGCUUAGUGAGACUGAUUUUCUCAAGGAAAAACUAAAGAUUGAGGAAGAAGAAAGAAAACUUGAAGCGGCAAUUGAAGAGAUGGAAAAACAGAAUGCAGAAGUAAAUAAUGAACUGAAGGAACUUGAGUUGAAAUCUAGCAGAUUUAAGGAGUUGGAGGAGCGGUACUGGCACGAGUUCAAUAAUUUUCAGUUUCAAUUGAUUUCAAAUCAGGAAGAAAGAGAUGCAAUUUUGGCCAAGAUAGAAGUUUCGCAAGCACACUUGGAGUUGUUGAAACGAACUAAUGUGCUCAAUGAUGCCUUUCCUAUCUGGCAUGAUGGAGAAUUUGGUACCAUUAACAAUUUUCGACUUGGACGACUUCCUAAAAUUCCGGUUGAGUGGGAUGAGAUAAAUGCUGCCUGGGGUCAAGCUUGCCUUCUUCUCCAUACAAUGUGUCAAUAUUUCCGGCCAAAGUUUCAGUAUCGAAUAAAAAUACUUCCUAUGGGCAGCUACCCUCGGAUUAUGGACAACAAUAACAAUACUUAUGAGCUGUUUGGUCCGGUGAACUUGUUCUGGAGCACUCGAUAUGACAAAGCAAUGACAUUGUUCUUGACAUGCCUCAAGGACUUUGCUGAAUUUGCGAAUUCCAAGGACCAAGAAAACAACAUACCACCUGAAAAACGCUUUAAAUUGCCCUACAAGAUUGAGAAUGACAAAGUGGAAACCUAUUCGAUCACUCAAAGCUUCAAUAAGCAGGAGAAUUGGACCAAAGCUCUCAAAUACACCCUCUGCAAUUUGAAAUGGGCUCUGUAUUGGUUUGUUGGGAACACAAACUUCCAGCCUCUUUCCGCAGUAGUGUCGUCUUCACAUGCUGAAGUCUCAGGUGUAGGCUCUUUGUACUCGAGACGCAGUACCGACUCCAAGUCUGAGUUCCAAAACUCAUCGCAUCCAUGACAUAGAUGUCGAAUACACAUCAUACACCGACAUGUAUAUAGAAACACCAUAGUUUAGUCUUGUGCAGUUAAAAGCAUAAUUUUUAGCGUAUUGUAAUACUCUAUUGAAGCAUUCAUAGUACCAGAGCAAAGGAUUGCUGUUUUUUU